CGCCAAUAACAGUCAGUUUGGUGAACAAUUGAUGGUGAUCGACCAGGCAGCUGCUCUAGGCAUCGACAAAAAGGACACCUUUGAUCCCUCAGACUUUAAAGCAAACAGACAGCUUCGACUGUCUACGGAAGCAAAACGAAUUUUAACAAAACGACCAGAAGAAAGGACACAAGAAGAAUUAACGUAUGCAACCAUCGCACUCCGGUCGCACAAGCAAGUGGCAGACUAUCCUUUACGGAUGCAAAGAAAGCUGGCACAGUAUGGCGUACUGGAGAGUUACGAGUCGAAGCGUGUUAUAGUCCGCCAGGGUCACCCUCCUCAAGGUUUUUACUUCAUCCUCUUCGGGACUUGUAUCGUAGCCAUUUUCGCCCCUGGGAGUGAAAAGGCGAAGACCGUUGCCUAUUUGUCCAGAGGAGAGAGUUUUGGGGAGCUUUCGAUAAUUAGCCGUGACAAACGCCAGUCGACCAUCAUUACAAAGAAUUACGUAGAGCUCCUCUGUAUAUCCGCCACGGUUUAUGAGCAAAUAUUCAUGGUCGGGGGAGCAAAGAAUAUAAACGAUCCUGAUCACAAUGAUUUCAUCAGGAGUAUCGACUGUCUUGACGGAUGGCCAAUAGAGCGUCUUCAGCUAGAUCCAAAACUGUUCGUUUUCUCAUUCUUUAAACGAGGUGGUGUCAUCGUGAGAGAUAGCAAUUAUUCUGAUUGGAUCAUUAUCGUCAAAUCGGGCAGUGUGCAGGUCCUCAAAAAACUAGUACAGGUCAACCCACAGGUGGAUAUAAAAACUGGACGAUUGAUUCCGCAGAAGAUCGUGGAUAAAACUUAUGGAUACACUUGUUUCCAAGUAAACCAAUCAGAAUAUGAACGCUAUUUGACAGACAAUGAAAUUGAACUUCCAAGUCCUUGCGGUGGAGAAGACGCAGACGAUGUCCCUAUCGCAGAUGUCAUAGCUGAAGUCGAGGCUUCCAACUCAUUUUCGCCAUCUACCGGUGCUCAUCACAGAGAUCUAUCUACAUACAGAAGAACCCAGAGUGCAUUUUCACAAGCGCCUGUGAUGCUACAAACGCCAGCGUCCAUUAAAAGAAACGUUAAAUCCGCAAAUGAUAAAGCUGCAAAAGUUACACAAAGUUUACUCCAGAGAAGACCAAGACUGGCAAACAAACUCAGUGCACAUAACAAGAAGCAGAAGAGCGUCCCAGAGCAAGUUCCCGUUAAGACUGCGCCGGAUGAUGCUGACGACGAUUUGGAGCCUGGGUUCGUCAACCAAAAACGCACACUUUUCGACGACCUGGAUUCAGCCUAUAAAGAAAGGGAGCAUAUCGUGACAGAAGCUGACCUCAACCCACAGUUUGUGCAGGUGCAAACGCUGACAAAAGGAUCCGUAUUUGGUCUAGCAAAUAUUGUUUUUGACGACCAGCCCAGUCUCUGUAUCGUCAGCAAUGGUGCUGAAUGUAUCAUGAUCAACAAGAAAUUUUACCUGGAGCAUUGCCCGGAUGCAUUAAUGCGGCGCCUCAGAACGACGGUUUCUCCCUUCCCGUCUGACGACGAAAUGCAGAAAAACCUCAAGGAGCGCGUCAACUGGGACGUAUACCGGCAAGCCAGGCUAAACCACGUCGUCUUCGAUAUACAGCAGCUAAAAAUGAGAUUCAACUAUGACGCUUUCAUUUCGUGGUGACAGGACUACACAUUUUGAAUUUUACACUCAUGAUGAUCUUUGCAAUUUGUUCAAAAUCUCAAUAGUUGUCCAGUUGUGGAGUACUAAUUUAUACAUAGGACUAGGGCUUUUGAUUAGAAUACUCAUUUUGGCAAUCUUCUUUAUUGAAUAUAAAAGUCCUAUAACGGUUUAUUUUUCAUAUUUACGAUAAAAACCAUUUGUGGCUCAAAUGCAAAAUCUAAAUUGACCAACAAACUUCAUCAAGAGCAAUGUACAUACAUGACAUACAUGUACUGCAUGACGAAAACGUUUUUUAUGCUGGGGUGCGAAGACCAAGAUCUGUCAAGACAAAAAGGAAGCGGUUCGAUUUUUUUUACCGUCCUAAUUUCUUAGAAAUGAUGCCAUAUUUGUUAGCGUCAUCUUCGUGUAUCUGCGCAUUGCGAGGAGCUCAUGAUCUCUUAGACAUUGUCGGAUACAGGGAUAUAUACAGGGAGCCUAAGGCAAACCACCUUACCCCUUCACUUCUUCUUGAUACCCUGACUCCGCAAGUGUAACAACUUUUGAUCAGAUAUCCAUUACAUGUACCUUUACAG